CCACUCGGCACACCUCGGCAGAUGAGUAGGGUACCGAAAUCGGCCGAGGUUAGCCGAAUGUAGAGUAUACAGACCGACACGCCGCACAGGUACUAGACUGAAGGGCGAACUAACAGGGAGGCCAUGUUGGAUUUUCUGUAAACUUCCCGUGUGACGCCGACACCAGAAAUGCUGCACCCCCGGCGCAGUGCCCAGGAAGUCCUGCUGUGUGACCUCUGUGAAACUGUCCCCCUACAGAGUCACUGUGAAGUUUGUAAUAUAAAUCUCUGUGUUAACUGUGUAGGAAAACAUAUCUCAGAUUCCUCUAAAGAUCACAAUGUCGUCCCCUAUUUACGCAGAAAGUCUCCUAACUACUCAAAAUGUCCGACACACCCGGAUAAACACUGCGACCUUCACUGUGAUAAAUGUGAAAUUCCCGUCUGUUCUACCUGCGCCUUAUAUGGAAAACACAAAGGUCACGAUGUAUCAGAUAUUCAAGAAAAACUCAGCGCUAAAACACAAAGUUUACAAAAAGAUCUGGAAGAACUCGAGACCCGAAUUUAUCCCCGAUAUGAGGAAAUGGCGUCCGACGUCCAAACCGAGAAAGCAGAAUUAGAAACAAAAUACGGGAAACUGACCACAACUACUGACCAACAAGGAGAAAUCCCCGCCAUUGUCAACCAGCGGAAAUCUGGCAUUGCGGAGAUGAAAAACAAACACCUAUCUACCCUGAAUAAAAAUACAGAAGAAAUCACACAGAAAAUGGUGGAACUCAAACAGAUCAUGUCCGACUUGAAAUCAAUCCUAAAAUCAAAUGACGUCUCCUUAACCUCUACUUACAAAUCUAGGAAUUCCGAAUUUAGAACAUUACCGCCUAAAGUUACAGUACCCAGUUUGUCUGCUCAGAAAAUAAACAAAGAUCAGCUCAAUGAAAUGUUUGGUUCUCUGUCGCCAUUAUCCAUUAACACGGAACAUGGCGACACAAUGAAGUCAGCAGAAGCUGUAUCGUCUCCUCCAGUCAAACCACUGCUUGAUGAGCCGCGCCUCACCGCCGCCAUAGACACUGGGUAUGACAAUCUACACAGUGUUAGCUGUCUGAGUGAAGAUCAAGUCUGGACAUGCAGUCAGUAUAACAAAACCAUGAAGCUGCUCAACCUCCAGAAUGAACUACUGACAUCAAUACAAACCAAGUCAGGGUACUAUCCACAGGACAUAGCAGUGACACGGGACAGAGAUCUUGUUUAUACUGACUAUAGUGAUGAAACUGUUAACUUGAUAAAGAAUAAAAAGAUACAGACCGUGAUCACACUACAGGGGUGGAUGCCUUUCUAUGUCUGCUGUACCACCUCUGAUGAUCUCCUGGUUACCAUGGACAGUGAUGAUUACAAACAAUCCAAAGUCGUGCGUUACUCCGGCUCCACAGAGAAACAAAGUAUUCAGUUUGAUGAUCAGGGUCGUCCUCUCUAUUCAUCUGGUGGUUACAUCAGUGAGAACAGGAACCUGGAUAUCUGUGUGGCUGACUAUAUAGCUAGAGCUGUAGUGGUGGUCAAUCAGUCAGGAAAACUCCGAUUUAGAUACACUGGUCAUCCCUCUAAUACCGAGCAAUCAUUUUAUCCAGCCGGCAUCACUACAGACAGCCAGAGUCACAUCCUGACAGCAGACAGCGACAAUCACCGUAUCCACAUCCUAGAUCAGGACGGACAGUUCCUCCGUUACAUUCACUGUGAUUUAGAGUAUCCAUGGGGUUUAUGUGUGGACAUCAGAGACAACCUCUUUGUGGCUGAGUUUAACACUGCUAAAGUGAAGAAAAUCCAAUAUCUAUAAACACAGUGUUAAUUAUACAUCUCUACAGUGUUAAUUACACAUCUAAAAACCCUGUUCAUUACACAUCUAAACACAGUGUUAAUUGCAUCUUUGUGUUAAUUACAGUCGCUUGUUGAUUACAGUUCCAUGUUAAUUACAGCUCCUUGUUAAUUACAGCUCCGUGUUAAUUACAGUCCCGUGUUAAUUACAGCCCCUUGUUGAUUACAGCCCUGUGUUGAUUACAGCCCUGUGUCUGUGAUGUGUAUUUAACAUGUACUUGUGUUUGUGAGUUUAACUGAUAGAACAUUAGUCUCUCACUGCUGUUCAGUGAUUAUAUCUUACAAUAUCUGUAUUAUUAUAUCUAAUCUCAGUAUACUAA